CCCCGUGGCGGAAGCGCCCCUCGGCACGGCUUCCGGUCCUUGCAGCCGGUGAUUCCAUACCGCUGCGCAUCCAUUGUCGGACAUCGGAAAUAUCCCUUUUUUGGCUCAUUUGUCGACAUCAUUGUCGAGGCUGAAUCUUUAAUUUGUCGAUAAGAUAUUAUAACGUAUCAAGUUUGGGCUGUGCAGUUGGAAGAGGUCGGAUAAGGCAGGCUUGAGCACACAGGCUCAACCUCAACACCAACUCAUUCUCACAACAUGAGAGUCCCUUACGCUGCCCUCGGCACACUGGCGCUGCUGUUAGAGGCCGCUGGUGCGCAAAAGGUAUCGUACUCAGACACAUCAGGACUUUCCUUUUACCAGGGCACCAAGACGCAGCGUGUGGGCGGCGACCCCAUACCCACGGGCGCCUAUACGACAUAUCGCUCCAAGAUCACCCUCACAGGCGCGGCCAGCUCCAAAACCCGCUCGGGUCCCAGCUCCGGGACCAGCUCCAGCUCCGUCACCGUCAGCUUCCCGACCGGCUCGCUCACCACGGCGGCCAAUCUCACGGCGACGGCCUCAGCACCCCCGGAGCCGACAAACACGCAGCCCUGCAACAACCAUGUCGAGCUGUGCAAGCGCAAGUUCAGCAACAUCACGCAGGUCGGCUGCCACAACUCGCCCUUUGUGCGGCCGGGCAACUCGGGGUCGAACCAGGAGCUGCCCGUCAAGACGCAGCUGGAUGAUGGUGUGCGUUUCCUGCAGGCCCAGAUGCAGUUCCCAGCCAACAGCUCGGUGCCGCACUUUUGCCAUACGACGUGUGAUCUCCUCGAUGCCGGGCCCAUCACCGACUGGCUGAGCCAGGUAGCAGAAUGGGUGGACGCUCAUCCGUACGACGUCGUCACCGUCCUGCUGGAGAAUGGCAACUAUUCGGACCCAUCCAUCUACGUGCCGUAUAUCGAGCAGACGGGCAUCCUCAAGUACACCUUCGUGCCCACCGUCUUCCCCAUGAGCCUGUCGGACUGGCCCACGCUGGAAAACAUGAUCAUUCACGGCAACCGAGUUGUCAUGUUCCUCGACUACAAGGCAAACCAGACGGCCUACCCCUGGCUGAUGGACGAGUUCUCGCAGAUGUGGGAGACGCCCUUUGACCCCGUGGACCGCACGUUUCCCUGCACCGUUCAGCGUCCUCCGGAUCUGUCCACCGAGGCGGCGGAGGACCGACUGUACCUGAUGAACCACAACCUCAACGCCGAGUUCAACGUCUUCAGCCUCGAGCUGCUAGUGCCAGCCGUCUCGCUGCUCAACGAGACCAACGCAGCUGAGGGUUACGGCAGCGUAGGCCUGGCCGCCAACAACUGUCGUAGCGACUGGGGCCGCGCGCCCAACGUCCUCAACGUGGACUAUUAUAACUACGGCACGCCGGCGGGGUCCGUAUUCGAGGCGGCUGCGAGACUCAACAACGUCACGUACAACAACACGUGCUGCGGCAAGGUCCAGGCGAGCGGUGCUUCGGUUCUUAUGGGUGGUGCAAGAGGAGUGUUUUUGAGUUGGGCCGGCGUCGUGGCCUUUGCUGCGUCAGCAUUAUUGAUGUUGUAAUAAUCCAUCAAACCGCCUUUUUCGUCUGCUUUUAUUAUUUAGUUUUUUCCUGGCAUGUUACAUGAAACAGCUUCAUUUCCUUUUUAUGUUGUUUUUAUAUCUCGGAAUUAGCACCGACAUUUGGUUCGGGGGAACAUGGCGCGGCAUUGAAUUGAAUUGGGAGUUCUCGGCAAUGGGAAGAAAGAAGAUUACGACACGGACUUGUCACUUGUUAUGGAAACUUGAACCUAGACAUUUUAGCUCACUCAGCAAAGGGUUUUGCCGCACAUUAAUAGAAUAAAGAGUUG